GCGAUGUCAAAUUUCAAACGUCGAGCACCGACAGCACUGAAGCACAUCGGACGAAAACCCAAGAACCAAAAUUUUAUUUGUGUUGUUUCAACAAGAAUUUUCAGGAAAAGUUGUUGAAUAUUAUGUUUGUGUGAUUUCCAAACAAAAAUGUCUGAGUCUACGCAAAAUUCCACUAUCGACCCGGAGGAUACGAUCAAGAUUUUGGUUGCAAGCGAUAUCCAUUUGGGAUACAACGAGAAGGAUGUGAUUCGAGGAGACGACAGCUUCAUUGCAUUCGAAGAAGUGCUGCAACAUGCUCUGGAGAACGAUGUAGAUGCAAUCAUUCUUGGAGGCGACUUAUUUCAUAUUGCCAAUCCUUCUACGAACACGCUGAACAGAUGCUCUCGACUGCUGAAAACCUACCUGUUGGGAGACAAACCCAUCAAGUUGGAAUUUCUGAGCGAUCAGAAUGAAAAUUUCCUCGAAUCGCUCAACAAAACCGUCAACUACGAGGAUCCGAACAUGAACAUAGCUAUUCCGGUGUUUUCCAUCCAUGGAAAUCAUGACGACCCUAGUGGGUUCGGGCGGAUUAGUUCGCUGGACCUGCUGAGCACCAAUGGUUAUGUGAACUAUUUCGGCAAAUGGACCGAUUUGACGAAAAUUAAUAUUAGUCCCAUUUUGCUGAAGAAGGGAGAGACCAAGAUGGCACUGUACGGAUUGAGCUAUAUUAGCGACGCCCGGUUGGCGAGGUUAUUCAACGAAGCGAAAGUGUUUCUCGAAAAGCCGGAAGAUGCCGGUUGGUUCAAUGUAAUGGUGGUGCAUCAGAACAGAGCAGAUCGGGGACCGAAGAAUUAUCUACCUGAGAAAUCCUUACCAGGUUUUCUGGAUCUUGUAAUUUGGGGACACGAACACGACUGCCGAAUUAUCCCGGAGGAGAACCCCAACAAGAAAUUUUAUGUAAGCCAGCCAGGUUCAACAGUAGCCACAUCGCUAGCCGAAGGGGAAGCACUAGAUAAGUGUUGUGGAAUUUUAAGUAUUCACAAAAGCUUGUUUCGACUUGAUCCAAUUCAUUUGCAAACAGUACGGCCGUUCAUAUUUGAGUCGAUCAACAUGGCAGAGUACCAUGACGAGCUAGGUUUGGACGAGGGCGACGUUCAGCAAAAGAUGCAAAACUUUGCUGCCGAAAAAAUCGAAGACAUGAUCAAGCGUGCUGAAGCAAAAUUGACCGGCAACCAGAAGCAACCAAAAAUGCCUUUAAUUCGUUUGCGGCUUGAAAUUAUGGAUAUCGAGCAGCAGUUCAACGCCAUACGGUUCGGACAGCAGUACACAGGCCGUGUGGCCAAUCCGCAGGAUAUGAUCGUGUUCAAGAAGAAAAUCAUCAAGGCAAAAGACGAACUGAAGCCUUUGGACAAGGAUGCCCUACUGGAGGCGUAUCAAAAUCAGAGGGAAGCAACUGCAAACCGUGCCGAAGAGGUGGUCGACAGGUACUUCAAGGAAGCGGAUGCAGAUAAGCAGUUGGAACUGCUAUAUUCGAAAAGUAUGAGUGAACUGACGAAGCGUAUGGUCGAUUACGAAGACGAUGAUGCAGCAGACAGUAUAGUCAAGUUCUACGAGCGUCAAGUGCUGAACCACUUGGACGGGCAGGUGGUUUCCGAAGAAAACAUCGAUGAAAUCCUCGAAGGAUUUCGCUCGAAAGAGCGUGAGACUUACAACGAUAUGUUGAAAAUGUUGGAUUCGCGCAACCAGAAAGGUCCGCCACCGAAUGAAACUAGUCGAUCAUACGCUCACGACAGCGACGAAGAUAUUGAUUAUAAACCGAAAGCCAAUUCUACUUCUCUUUUUGCGCCACCAUCAACGACCACUACUCGUGGUGGGCGGGGUAGUCGCGGCGGUGGACGAGGAUCACGAUCUACCGCGACAGCUGCUACGGGUUCGAGAGGCCGUGGUAGAGGUAGGGGUAGAGGGGCGUCCAAUAGUUCGGACAGUAAGAUCGAUUCUUUCCUAACUCACACGACUAAACCGGCGGCCAGCUCCCGUGCCAGCAGUCGUAACAUUUCCAAGGUGGUGUAUAUAUCAGAUGAAGAUGAUGACGAAUAGGCGGUGAAUCGUACGUGUUAGCUCUCUGUACAUUCCUUAAAGCUCGUAUUGUUGAGCUGCAUUUGAAAUGUAUUUUUUUUUUCAUUCUGAAACAGUUUACACCAAGAAAUUGGUCUGUAUUCAAAUAAAAGGUUCUGUUGAUAAUUUUGAAAACUGAA